AUGUCAGUUGCCCAGGUUUUGUUCAACACUACGCCCGUCAACACCAUACAAGUUGAGCCAAGGCGUAGAGGAAGUUGGGUUCCCACGCGGAGAAAGUCAGAAUGUCCUCUCGAAAUCACCAUCGAUCGACACUUUGAGGCCAAGAUCUACACCUCCGGCUCAACCAUCACUGGCUCUGUAUCAUUCUCACCAAGCGCAGAUCUAACCGUCGAUGCUUUUGAGAUAGUCUUCACUGGCUCUGAAACAACCCUGGUCCAGAUGUUUCACCAAGGAACUAUGCCUAAAUCAGGGCACAAGUUUCUUCAGCUUAGAAUGCCAAUCCCUGAGAGUGCUCUGCCGGCCGACGGAGUGCUUCAGGCUGGUCAAACCUACGAGGUUCCUUUCUCUUUCGUCAUUCCAUAUCAAUUACCCAGUGCGGCUUGCAAGCAUCGAAACCCAAUCAUUCGGGAACGGCAUCUGCAGUUACCGCCGACUAUUGGAUCAUGGGAGCAUGAUGACAUGGCUGUCCAUACUGUUGCUAUCAACUACGGUGUUGACGCACGAGCGCUGCUCAAGACCGAUAAAGGCAAAUCCAUGGUUCUCGAGCGAGCUCAUCCCGUGAAAGUCAUGCCUUAUCUCCCAGAGCAGCCUCCUCUGCAUAUCUUACCAGGAAACCCACGAUACACUAUGACUCAAGAGAAGUCAAUUCGAAAAGACAUUCUCUCUUCCAAGCUAGGCUACGUCAGAGCAACCACACGUCAACCAGAUGCCGUAAUCAUCUCAGCCGACAAGCUUCAGCCGUCAGAAUGCUCACUCAAUAUCGAUCUCGAGUUCUGGCCAACUUCCAAGAAAGCGACUCCACCCGAGAUGUACGCAAAGUCAGCUACCAUCAAAGCAUCGACGUACUACUCCACAGGUCAUCUUAGCUUCCUACCAGAUCAACACAACUUCCCCAGCGUCAUGCCAAAUCCAAUCUUAAGCUUUGUGCUCGAUGAGAGCGCAACGGUCACCAAGUCUCCCGCGCCUCGCUGGGAACAAACAUCAGCUUCAAUGUCAGCACCGAGCUCACGCAGAGGCUCAGAGAACUCUACCAUGGGCGAUGAGCCUCCCCGCACGGCUUCCAGACGAGGCUCCAAGAGUAGUGAUAUCAUCAAGGCCGAAGCGCCUCGACAUACAGCAACUUUGCCUGUUUCGAUCGAGCUGCCGAGCCCCGAUAACAAGAUCUUGCUUCCGACCUUUUAUUCCUGCCUCAUCAGCCGGACCUACAUGCUAGAAAUUGUUAUGGCUUCUAGAGCGCAUGGUUCCAGUUUCACCCUGCGACUGCCAUUGCAGAUUGCUGUCGAGGGACACCAUGAGACGGGCAUCAACCACGUGCCGACCUACGAACAAGUUCAGGCAGGACAAGACCUAUAUGAUGCUCUUCCGACUUACGAUACCGCCAUCUGA